UAUUUUAUUAGUUAGAGAAAGCGAACACGCAUAAUACGAACUUGGUUUCCUUCUUCUCAUCGAUCUCUUUCUUUCGCCCUCGAUCUCCUCAUCGACCGAAGAGCAAAUAAAAGAAGCGAGGGGGAAAUGGAGAGGGGAGAAGAGAGGGCCCCACUGCUGAAGGGGGAGGGUCAGGGACAGGCCGGGCUAGGGGAGAGGGUCUGGAUAGAGUCGACGAAGCUGUAGGGCCCCGCCAUAUUCAGCAGGGUGGUGACCUACAGCAUGAACGUCAUCACCCAGGCCUUCGCCGGCCACCUCGGCGACCUCGAGCUCGCAUCCAUGUCCAUCGCCAACACCGUCGUCGUCGGGUUCAACUUCGGCCUCAUGUUGGGUAUGGCGAGCGCUCUGGAAACCCUCUGUGGCCAAGCAUUUGGCGCAAAGAAAUACCACAUGCUAGGCGUAUACAUGCAACGAUCAUGGAUUGUGCUCUUCCUCUGCGCCACUCUCCUCCUCCCCAUGUACUUCUUCGCCACUCCCAUCCUCGAGCUAUUAGGGCAACCCUCCGAUCUCGCUGCUCAAGCUGGCAUGGUCUCCAUGUAUUUCAUCCCACUUCACUUCUCCUUCGUGUUCUUGUUCCCUAUUCAGAGAUUCUUGCAGUGUCAGCUGAAGAACUCGAUCAUUGCCUUAAUGGCAGGAAUUGCGCUUGUUGUGCAUUUGUUUGUUAGUUGGCUUUUUGUGUAUCACUUUAAGUUUGGAUUGAUUGGGACUGCGCUUACGCUUGAUUUCUCUUGGUGGGUGGCGGUCUUUCUCUUGUAUGGAUAUGUUGCACUAGGUGGAUGUCCUGAUUCUUGGAACGGUUUCUCAAUGGAGGCAUUUGCUGGGCUUUGGGAUUUCCUGAAGCUGUCUGCAGCUUCUGGUGUCAUGCUUUGCUUGGAGAAUUGGUAUUACAGGAUAUUACUAUUGUUAACAGGGAAUCUGAAGAACGCCAAGAUUGCUGUGGACGCGCUCUCUGUUUGCAUGGGUAUAAACGGAUGGGAAAUGAUGAUUCCUCUGGCAUUCUUUGCUGGCACAGGAGUGAGAGUUGCAAAUGAGCUUGGUGCCGGUAAUGGUAAGGGUGCAAGAUUUGCUACUAUCGUCUCAGUAGUGACCUCCACCAUCAUUGGACUUUUCUUCUGCAUUGUGGUAAUGGUGCUUCGUGACAAAGUUGCUCUCAUCUUCACCUCGAGUUCAGAUGUCCUUGAGGCUGUUGAUAGACUUUCGGUUCUUUUGGCUGCAACCAUACUACUCAACAGUGUCCAACCUAUACUUUCUGGUGUAGCCGUUGGUUCUGGAUGGCAAGCGAUGGUCGCAUAUAUAAACAUCGGUACCUACUAUCUAAUUGGGAUUCCUGUGGGAAUUCUCAUGGGAUGGAUCUUCAAUUUAGGAGUUUUGGGAAUUUGGGGUGGAAUGAUCGGUGGAACAGCAGUUCAAACAUUGAUAUUAGCGUUCAUUACCAUUCGAUGCGACUGGGAUAAAGAGGCUUUGAUAGCUAGCAAACGCAUGGAGGAAGAAGGCGGCUCAAAAUAAUUUCAUAGUAUGUUAAUUAUCAUUAAGAUGUGAUGAAUCGUCGUGGAGAAAAAUUUGAGGAAAAUUAAAUUCGAUAAUUGUGUUGAUUAUCACUAUCAGUCUGAAUGGACUGUAGUAGUUGAAGGUAAUAAAGAGAAAGUAGCAGUACUGGAGACUGUUGGAAACA